GCACGUGAUGGCGCGCGUCGUUGAACAUGGACCACCAUCAUUGUCAACGGGUGGGUCAGCUCAUCCAGAGUCUCGUCGUCCUCGAAAAGCAUACAGUACCUCUGCAAGACUCGUGUCCUAUCUGCCUGAUACCUUUUUCUGAUUUCUUCGACGACGGUGAUAAUCUGGCCCCUGAUUGCGGUGUCACCAAACUCGAUGGUUGCGGGCACAUAUUCUGCAGGAAGGACUUGACAGAAUGGAUCCGUACUUUGCAUGGUAGCUGCCCUACUUGUCGUCAUAUAUUUCUUGACAUACGGCCCCCUUCGGAAUCGGACGAUGAAUCUUCUGAUGGCGGGGAGUACAUUCCAAAUGACGACGAGGACGACGAGGCAUUCUAUGGCGAAGUUGAAUACGAAGAUUUCAUCGAGGUGGAUGAGGACUUGAUUGACAUCGACCCAGACGAUUACUCCCCAGUCGACGAAAUGGACCUGGAUAUGUACAGGACCUGGCAGAUGCAGGAAAGGGAUGACUUUGAAGGCGAGUGGGGCCUCACCGACGCCGAGUCGGACUCACCAUCUGAAGGUGACAUGAGUUGGAAUGAGAGCGACAGGGACAACUCCAUGGCUGGCGAAGACAAUGUCGCAGUCAAUGAAGCCGGUAACGAGGCUGAUGACGCUACCAGCAAUCUUACCAGAGACGUUGAAGACGAGCCCAAGUAGAAUGGACCCCUCUGUUUUGCUUAUUUUAAUUAUUCAACAGCAUUACGUAUCCUUCACUGUACAGUGUAGUACCAUCAUCAUUUAUUUCAUGCAUUAUAUACUAGCCAGUACAUCCUCCAUCGCGGCGUUGUCCCUGUCUUUCCAUACGCCUGUAAAUUUGCCACUCCACUUUAAUCCUUUACCACCGCCCUUGACUCCCAACUUAACCUUCAAGAUAUCCCCCACCUCCUUCACCAAUUUGUCGUCCGAUCCAAUAAUCAUC